AUGGAGGAAUGCAAACCAGCUGCAACGCCUGUUGAUCAAGGCACUAAAUUACUACCUAACGAAGGAGAACCAGUUGAGAAAACCAAGUAUCAAGCCUUAAUUGGGGGAUUAACUUAUGCGGUAACUGGUACUAGACCUGACCUUGCUCAAGCGUUAGGAUUGGUUAAUCAAUUUUGUUCAAACCCAGGAGUUGAACACUGGACAGCAGCUAAACGUAUUUUACGAUACAUCAAAGGAACAAUUGAUUACGGAAUUACAUUCGAUGGAAACAAAGAAACUGAAGUACAGUUGAAUGGUUAUGUUGAUGCUGAUUGGGGAAGUAAUCCAAACGGACGGAAAUCGCAAUCAGGAUAUUUGUUUACACAGUGUGGAGGAGUAAUCAGUUGGGCUAGUAAGAAACAAAGUGUUGUCGCACUUUCUUCAACUGAAGCGGAGUAUGUCGCUGCAUCGUUAGCGUGUCAGGAAGCAGUUUGGUUACGUGUGUUACUCGAAGAUAUCAGUUUUGUUCAAAACAAGCCAACGAUGACCAAAGAGGAUAAUCAAGGUGCAAUAGCUUUGUCAAAGAAUCCAAAGUAUCAUCCCAGAACAAAGCAUAUUGAUAUAAAGCACCAUUUCAUUCGUGACAAAGUUGCAAAGAAGGAAGUUGUUCUAGACUAUUGUCCUACAGAACAAAUGUUAGCGGACUUGUUAACUAAACCAUUAGGGAAAACAUUGUUUCAACGUUUUAGAGAACUGAUGGGAGUUAGAAGCAAUCUUUAG